AUGUCAUCACCAGUGACUUUGAAAGUCGUGAUAAAUCCUCUAGAACAAGAGAUCUCAUGCGAGAGCACAGGAGGAUCCACAACAGAGGAUGGACCAAAGAAGUUUCGUUCUCUUGCUGUAAUUUAUGUAGAUACACUUGAAGAAGAAUUGGAUCCCGACAAGUUAGCAAUUGAAAUGACGAAUUAUUGUUCGCAAGAACAAGCAGUGUAUACAAGAAACAAUGGAGAUGAAACACUCAUAGUUGGUGUGUACGUUGAUGACUUGAUCGUCAUUGGUACAAGUGUGGAAGGCCUCAAAGAGUUCAAGCACCAAAUGAUAAAAGAAUUUGAGAUGAUUGAUCUCGGGUUACUCACGUACUACCUCGGUAUUGAAGUAGGCCAAAGGAAAAAUUGUAUCACGCUAAAGCAAUUGGCCUAUGCUAAGCAGGUGUUGCAUCAAUUUAAGAUGGCAGAGUGCAACCCAACUAAGUAUCUCAUGGAAGCAAAGUUAAAACUCGCGAAACAUAUUAAAGGAAGCUUGGUGAAUUCCACUGAGUAUAGGUGCAUCAUCGAAAGUCUAUGGUACUUGACUCAUACUCGUCCGAACCUUUCAUAUGUUGUUGGAAUUGUGAGUAGGUACAUGGAAAAGACUACUAUGAUACAUCAUCCAGCAGUUAAGCACAUUCUCAGCUAUGUGAAGCGAACCACAAGUUCUGGGCUGAAGUAUUAA